AUGAUGAGUUUUGUUAGGAAUCGUGAAUAAGGAGUUUCGAUCUGUGGGUCUGAAGAAGGAGAAGAGAGUGAGAAUAUUCUUCACUGACAUUCUUCAGCUGUAAUUUAGAUACACAGGAGCAAUGGCGAGCAAGAUUGCAAUGUUGGUCUCAGAAGCAAUGAACAGCAACGCUGUAAUCAACACAUGUCUUGGUGUAUCGUUUGUGGUUUUGGGGUUUAGAUCUGAUAAACAGCAAAAGUAUGUAGAGGGCUUGCAAGAGCAGAAAGAUUCGCUGUCCAAAUCUAAUAAGGAAAUGAAAGUUAAAAUGUGGGAGUGGAAACAACAACUCUUUGCUGAAGCCACCUCUGCUGGUACUUCCGCGGUUGUUCCUCUGUCUACUCUUAAGGCCAUCUAUGGAGAAGUCACCACUACCACCCAAUCUGGCGACGCAGUCAAAGAAGAGUCUAAAGUGUCUACCCCCAGGAUCAUGGUCUGAAGAGGAUUUUAGUCUUGUCACUUGCAUUUGUAAACAUCAAAAUUGUCUGUUGUUGUGAUUCUAAUAAUAAGGUAAGACCCUGAUUUGGGAUGGUGGUUAAGGCUUUCAUUAUGGGACCCAUUGGUUGAAAGUGGGACUUGCAUGAAGAAUUCAUGAGAUACAGUAUGUGAAAUCAGGAGUAAGAAAGUAAUACUCAUAAAUUUACACAGAUACAAAAGAAAGGGAAGGAAUACAUUAAACCCUUUGGGUGCUGAGA